GAACGAGCUCAGAACGCCGCGCCGCGUUCCCUAUCCAGAGCUAAUCGCUUUGGCGCUCCUCCAUGACCCACUCGUAACGAUGCAAGUUAUCUCAUGAAGAUAUCUGUUGGGACUCCACCUGUAGAGAGGUGGGCACUUGUAGACACCGGAAGCGACCUUAUUUGGUUCCAGUGUUCGCCUUGUCCUCAGUGCUAUCCUCAGAACGCGCCCUUCUUAUGUGGCUUAGACCCUUGUAAAGCUCUGCCCCCAGUCAACGUGCAAGGCCAACUGUAUCCUAAAUGUGGAACAUCAAAUGAGUGUACGUAUUUUUAUUCGUAUAAGGAUAAGUCAUGCACCAUGGGAGAACUGGGCGCAAAAUCAGUUAGUUUCGGCCAAGCUGCUUCAUUUCCUAAGACGGUGUUUGUUUGUGGACACAACAACGGAGGAUUCAACAUGAACAACGCAGGACUUGUUGGGCUUGGUCAAGGUUCUUUGUCGUUAGUUUCACAAAUGGGUAACGUUGGUCGCAAAUUCUCCUAUUGCCUGCCUCCUUACAGUUCAAAGACCACAACUAAACUACGGUUUGGGGAAGAAGCAACCAUCUCAGGAAAUGGGGUUGUGUCCACUCCGUUGAUCACAAAACCUGGUUCCUUGUCUUCGUUUUACUUCCUCCACCUUGAAGGUAUCACUGUUGGACAGCAGGCAGUGCAGACAGGUGAAAGCAAUGGGAACAUAGUGAUUGAUUCUGGGACGACAUUGACGAUACUUUCGUCAAUCUUUUAUGAGCAGGUUGAAGCUUUGGUGAAGCAAGCCAUUGGAGCCGACCAAUUCAUAGUACAGGAGGAUCCAUACAAAUUGUGUUACAGCAAUGCUAACUCCAUCCAGAACUUCCCAAAUUUUGAGGUUCAUUUUAGAGGAGCCAACCUUUCCUUAAAACCUCAGAACUUUUUCCGUCUCAUAUCCAACGAUGUUAUAUGCUUUGCAAUGCUCCCUACAGAUGGAACGCCCAUUUACGGAAAUGUGGGUCAGAUUGAUUUUGAGGUGGAGCAUGAUCUUGAUCAGAAAGAAGUGUUUUUUUUGCUCCCGUCGAUUGUACUAAACAGUAGAGACCCGAGAGCACUUCCUAUACACACUAUCUCCGGUCCUAAUUAUAAGAUAUUGGAGGUAGUAUAUAUACAUGGAGCAGGAGUCGUGUGCGUGUUUGAUGAAUAA